AGGAGGCUUCGGUGCAACUUUCUUCGGUCGUCCCGAAUCCGGGUUCAUCCGACACCAGCCGCCUCCACCAUGCCGCCGAAGUUCGACCCCAACGAGAUCAAAGUCGUGUACCUGAGGUGCACCGGUGGCGAAGUUGGUGCCACGUCUGCCCUGGCCCCUAAGAUCGGCCCCCUGGGUCUGUCUCCAAAAAAAGUUGGUGAUGACAUCGCCAAGGCAACCGGUGACUGGAAGGGCCUGAGGAUUACCGUGAAGCUGACCAUUCAGAAUAGACAGGCCCAGAUUGAAGUGGUGCCUUCUGCCUCUGCGCUCAUCAUCAAAGCCCUCAAGGAACCGCCAAGAGACAGGAAGAAGCAGAAGAAUAUUAAACAUAGUGGAAACAUCACUUUUGACGAGAUUGUCAGCAUUGCCCGACAGAUGAGGCACCGGUCUUUGGCCAGAGAACUCUCUGGAACCAUCAAAGAGAUCCUGGGGACAGCCCAGUCUGUAGGCUGCAAUGUGGAUGGCCGCCACCCUCAUGACAUCAUCGAUGACAUCAACAGUGGUGCAGUGGAAUGCCCAGCUAGUUAAGAAGUACACAAGAAAACAACUCAAUAAAGGAUCAUGUGACAACCAGA